AUGGCAACCAACAACUCUGUAGUCAUCUUUGGUGCCAGCGGCAACGUAGGCAAGUUCGCUGUACCAGCGCUGCUUAAAGCCGGCGCCAAAGUCACCCUUGUCACACGCAAAGGUUCGAAAACUACUUUCCAAUACAAGAAUGCUACUGUAGUCACCGCAGACUAUAGCUCCCAGUCCGAACUCAUCUCCAUUAUCCGUGGCCACAAGUCAGUUAUCUCGCUCCUCAGCGUUAAAGCACUAUCUCUGCAGAGGAAUCUCAUCAAUGCCGCAAUCAAAGCACAAGCUACCCUUUUCAUCCCUAGCGAGUUCAGCCACAACACCACAAAUAAGAAUAUGACCUCUUUACUGCCUGUCCUCGGUGUUAAGACUAAGAUAAUCAAAUACUUACAGGAAAGGGAGAAAGAUAGGCUGAACUGGACGGGUAUCAUCACAGCUCUAUUCUUUAACUGGGGCCUGCCACAAGGCAACUUUGGCUUCGACUUGAAAGCGGGCAAGGCGACAAUCUGGGAUGGCGGUAACGCUUCAUUCUCAGCAGCCAAUUUGGACGACAUCUCGGCCGCUAUCGUAAAAGUCAUCACUGACUCCUCCGCCCGUGAGCGCUACAAGAAUCAGCACGUCUACGUGUCGUCCGUUCAGACGACGCAGAAUGAGAUUCUAGCUGCGGCGGAGGAAGUUACCGGCAAGAAAUUCAAGGUUGCCCAGUUCGACUCAGAGGAGGCGUUUGCCUACACAACCAAACCGCUGCCUCCGGGCUACUCGCCCCAGCUGUUAGCCGUGCUCGCAGCGUUGCAGUUGUCGAAGCGGGGAUUAAGUAAUUAUCAGGCCCGUGUUAACGCUGGGCACAACCGUUCCAUUAACUAG